CCCAUCCCCAACCUUCCAACAGCAUCACCGACCGCAAAGAUGGCUCUGCUUUCGUCUAAAACGCUCAUUCAGGCACAUGCCGUGCUUCUGAUUGUCAUUGCCGGCUAUCUUGUCAAGAAUCCGAAUUAUAUUACCGACUCCGACUUGGUGUUCAUGAUGGGCGAGGCCUUGAAGAUUGACUUCCCCGUCGCUACGAGUCCCACCCAAUCCCCCUUCGUCUUCUGCUCCGUCUUGCUCUUCGCCGGAGCUUUGGUCGACGUGAUCCUCCUCUCUAGCCUCCCUUACCACGAAGCUCUGGACGAGGCCCUGCCCUAUAUCCGACCCCUGCGAAACUCAAACCUGCCAGCCGAGGAUCUCCAAGCGCUAGCGAGAUUGCCCGAGUAUAUCACACGGUCUUUGACAAUGUACUGGAACGUGUGGGUCAGUAUUUCCGGGCUGCGGUUCGCCCUGUACGGCGGCAUUUCGUUCUUCAUCUAUCAGAGCCGCGGUAGCUACCUACUGUCCUCUUAUACUUCCAAGAUGGAACCUUCGGGAUUGGAGCAGCUGAAGAGCCGCGUAGUCUUCACGUACGCGUUCAUGGAGAUGAUGGUGUGGUUCUGGGUAUUUAUAACUUGUCGCGACGAGCGCCAGCAGAAAUUGUCCAAGCUCUUGGAGGAUGCUCGCGAGGAGGCUAACUAGAUCCUGGGCGCCUUCCACAACGGCAUCUUGAAGAGCCCCUCGUCGAAAAGUGUAUCAAUAGAGAAACUCCGUUCGUUCCAUUGACUAAGUAUGUCAUGAAUAUUACAUAUAGACUAGCCUAUCAAGGCGCAAUCAUUGCUAAAGCAUUAAGGAAUCAUUCCAUCUCAUUCCCAUCGCCCAUUAAUCGUUCAUACCGACCCAUUGCAUGCCUAGACGAGAAUGGCAAAGGCGGCGGCAGCACCAGCAGCAGCCAUCAGGGAGGAGUCCCGGGCCUGGCCAAGGAUAGCCGCGCCAGUGGUAGCGGCCGCAGAGGAGGCGGCGGAGGAAGCAGAAGAGGCAGCGCUCGAAGCGGCCGAGCCAGUAGUGGAAGCACUAGUCUCGGUGGUAGUGACGGAGCCCGACAGAGUGGUUUUGGAGGCAGUCGACUGCGCGCUUCCAGUCGUGGUCUCGCUGGUGCUUCCGGUCGUGGUGCCCGAAGCAGUGGCGGCAGUGCCGGUAGCAUUGGAAGAGCCCGAGGACGAAGUGCAGGAGAUGGUGCUGGGCAGGUCGGUCACGCCGCCGCGAGAACAGAUGCCCUUGGCGACCUGGAGAGUAGCUGCAGGAAACGGAGAAGACACCGGUCAGCAGAUAUUUCGAGUUAUCCAGGAUCAUCGGAAUACGUACUCUCCUGGUCGGCCUGAGAGCACUUGUCAGCCACGCAGCAGGCAAUGCUGCUCAGGAACGACUUGUCGGCGCAAAUGCACUGGAUAUUGAGGCCACAGCUGGCGGGGAUACUGCUGGUAGCGCAGCUCCGCUGUCAUUGUCAAUUGUUAGUUCUCGGUUUAUUUCUGGGGUAGUUUCGGGUAAUACAAUAUGCGAGGGAGGGAGAUACAUACGGAGCAGUCAGGCAGAGAGUCAAGACCCUGCGCAGCAGCAGUAGCCAGCAGCGCGGCCGCAGCCAGAGUGAACUGGGUGAACUUCAUAGUGACUGUGAAUUUUGAACUGGAGGGAGUUUUGGGGAGAUUUCAGUGAAGUCCGAGACUGAGAAUGAUAUGAAGACGAAACUGACAGGGGAGGUAGUUAAGAAAAAAAGAGCGGCUUGCUCUCACCGGCUUUUAAAGUAGCUCUGCAGGCUACAGCUGAAUCGGCGGGGGUGGUCUCGCCCAGGGGGGCUGCAGAUUCAAGCGACGCCUCAACUGGAUAUACCGCGCUGUUGCCGCUGUUGCAGUUCUUGGUUACUAUUCGCC